AUCAGCUGCUUCUCUCUCAGCGGUCCUCUGCCUAGAACUUGCAGAAAGAAUAAAGGGCACCUCGCCCCGCCCCAGUCCAGAGGGCGCGGGGAAGGCUCAAACAAGCCGCGGAGAGCUGGCUGCAAUCCGGGGAGGACCUGCGGCGCCAGAGGGCCAGCUCCUUGGAGCACCACCAGAUCUCACAUUCAACGCACCCUUUGGACGAAAAGGCUGUUAUCUCUUGCUGACAGGCCUGGCCACUCUCAUCUGGGGACCGGCCCGGCCAGCUUGGAAAAGGGCCUGGACACAUGGGCUCUCUCUUUUCUGUGCUUCAGCUUCUGCAGAGGUCUGCCAGGGCUUUCUAAACGUCACAGAAACCCUCUUCGUGGGCACGCUUUCCAGUUACGAAGCCGCCCUUGAACCUUUCGUCCCAGACGCGGACAUGAAAGUGGCGGGGACCCAGCUGAAGAAGCUGGUGGACACGCUUCCCGAGAAGGCCAAGGAGAGCAUCUUAAAGCUCAUGGUACACAGCUUCCUU